AUGGCUAUUGGUGAUCAUUUACCAAUUAUUGUACCAUCAUCAGCUAGUGUGAAUUCAUCUUCUGUAUCAAAAUCUACAUCAUCAUCACCAUCAUCAUCAUCAUCAAUUGGAGAACGACGACGUUUUGUACCAGUAGCUACACAUAAUAGUUCAACAUUUAUUCAAUUUCCUACUAACGUACGUCAAUCAAUAUCAUUUGUUCCUGUAUAUCCAUCACGAGCAAGUAUUUCAUCAGUACAACCAUGUUCAUUUACAAUAGAUACUCAAUCUAUAUCAACUAAAUCGAAAUCAUCAAAUACUUCACCAUCAAGUAUUACUAGUAAUCAACAUAAACGUAAUUAUUUUCAACAAAGACCCAAUCCUAUAUUAAACAAUCCUUUAUUAAAUCAUCGAAAAGAUCAACCAAAAAAAUGUUCAAUAAAUUUUUCAUAUACAACAAGAAUUUGUUUAUCAUCAAAAACUAAUUCAAAUGACAAUCAACUAUCAAUAGAUCGUGCAAAUAUAGCUCCUCAAUUAACUAAUCAAAUAGAAAAUAUAUCUGAUAGAUUAAAUGAUGAAAAUUCUGAUCAACAAGAAAUUGAAUAUUUUAAUAAAACGAAAUAUGAUUAUAUAACACGUUGGUUACAUGAUAUUCGACAAGCAACUUAUUGUGCAGAAACAUUUUCUAAAACAAAACGUUCUAAAAACCGAUUUGUACAAACUUAA